UACAGAAUUCGUGUCACCUGUGUUGCAUUCUUUGAACGAGGAAGAACAAGAACAACCUAAACAACAACGUUAUUCUCUGUUUACGAAAAAUGAGAUCGAAGAAACAUUAAAAGAUUUGGAGAUACGUAAUGUAUCACCUAUAUUAGCAUUGUCUACUAUGUGCGAUAUGUUUUUAAAUCGAAUUUUAGAAUUGAACGACAAUAGAGAUAAGAGUAGGGAUAAGAUUGCAAAAAGUUUGGUUAAAUUAUUGAUAGAAUCUAAACGUUAUACGAAUCCCGAUAAAUUUCCUUCUGAUCUGAUUUUUUCCUCUAAACAGCGACCAUUGUUAAACGGUCAACGAUUGAGACGCAUCCUACCCUUAGAUUCUUACAAUCUGAUCGCACCUUUUUUGGGAAUGCCUGAACAUUAUCCAAGGUUACCCUUCUCCCUUCCUAAAUUACUGAAAUUUCGAACGACCAAACAACGAUCUGAUCAAUCUGAUUCUACCCAAGAAAUUUCGGAAGAUUUAAUCGUACACCCACCUAAGUCCAUGAAAGAUAGCAUGAUUUUAGACGAUGAAACGAAAAGAACACGAUCGAAUAAUCCUUACGAACUAUUUAUGAAGAAGGAAAGGCGCAAGGCUAUCGUUUGGCGUCCCUUGACGGAAUCCGACUUGAGGGGCUACGAUCCAGAAGCUACUCUUCGCAUGAGAGCCGACAAGAUUACUACAGAUAUAUGUGAGGAAUUUUGCGAAUGGUUGAGGAGUUUAGGUGGAUUAGAAAAAGGAAUCAAUGAAACUGUUCUCAAAGACAUGUUCGAAAUUAGCUUCUCAGCUGACGUAUGCAAAUCAACUCAAAUUAAUGUAAAAGAAAUGGCAACAGUUCCGACAGACGUAGCCUUGGCAAGAUUAUGUCAAAAAUCAAGCGUAUUGGCAACAACCAGAAAACAACUGGAAAGAGAUGCCAAAGCUGAAAGUAAACCUAAACGCGUUUUGGCAUUUGGCACCUCGAUGCCAUCCGAAUUAUUAUUCAUACCACCUGAAAAUCAGGUAAGGGAAAAGUGGUUAGAGUGUAAAAACGUACCACUCGAACUCGAAACGAUGGACGUUGUUUGGGAUGGGAUUAUUCAUUUGAAAAGCGUGCAAGCUUUCAUCAAAUGGCUUCAUCUUCAUCCUGAGGUAAGCCUACCGGAAAUAUUCAAACGUUCUGAAAUUACGAAAACAAAUGAAAAAAGUCAUGCGAAGGAAAAAAUCAAUGCGGAAUGAUCGAUUGAUAAACCGUAUCGUAAAUUUGUCGUUAAUUUAUUGAACGUUUAGAAGUUUAUUUGACGAGUUAAUCGAUUCUAACGAAUAUAACGAAAGAAAAUGUUUUGGUAGAUGAGAUAUAUGUACACUGUCGUCGUGUAACCAACGAUUUAGCUCGGAUUUUCAACGCGCAAACACCAGCAGGCGUGCCAACCAAUAAUACCGUUCGAUAACACGAUACCAAACGCCUGUUUCAUGUAUGUGGCGUACGGUUAACCCCUAAAGCCAACGCAGUAUCCCCAAACUAUUAGGAAUCGACGGUUAAAAUUCUAACAGCGUUAAACCAAACCGUUCAUUUGCCUAUUCGACAAAAACUAUCAAAAAUACUGCCGAAUAAUCUUUAAUCAUUCUUAUUUUUAUGUUUAGGGCUAAAUUCAUUAGUUAAUUACUUCAUAAAAACAUAAUAUAUUAAAGUAUACUAUUUUAUAAUUUUUCAUCUUUCCAAAUUUUUCAAUUGUAAAUUUACAAAAAGUAUGCUUAAGUAAAUUGGGUGCAUUUAGUGUCGAAAAAUCGUUAAUGGAAGAAAGUAUUGAUAGAAAAUCUUGCAUGUUAGAUGUAUAACUUAUGAGAUCAUCGUUAGGCACCUUCCUCCCUUAUCCCUCCAGCCCUUACCCACCUGUCGAUAAUGACGUAGGACUGUCGACCAUAAGAAAUAUUGUAAAACGUAAAUUUAAAGCAAAACUCGGCUUCGUGGCAUCUGCUUGCGACAGGAACACGUUCGGAGGUAUCGUUUUUUCUAUCGCAUUGGUUUCAA